ACAAGGCACAAACAUCAUCUGCUUCUUCUCAUUGGCCCCAAUCAGUUCUUGAAGCUUCAAUUUCUCCCUGUACGAACGCAUCUUAAUCGCCGCAAUAAACUCAUGGAGUUGUUCUUGCAAGGCGACGAGGCGAUGCUAAUGGCGAUGCCCAUCGUAGUUUACUGGCUCUACUCCGGGGCUUAUGAGGCCCUGAGCUGCUUCAGCGGCAUGGACAGCUACAGGCUGCACUCCCGCAACGAGGAGAAGAGCAAGAACUUGGUGUCUAAAGCCCAGGUGGUUAAGGGCGUCCUCCUGCAGCAAGUCAUUCAGGCCACCCUCACCCUCCUUCUCACCAAGUUGCCUGGCGACGACCCGAACCGCCAUAAACCGGCAACCGCCGCCGCCGCCGCCGCCGCAGCCAGAUUCUUCGUCGCUAUGGUCGUGUUCGACUCGUGGCAGUACUUGGUCCACCGGUACAUGCACCACAACAAGCUCCUCUACCGGAAGUUCCACUCGUGGCACCACCGCAUCGCCGCCCCCUACGCCUUCGCGGCGCAGUACAACCACCCGGUCGACGGCGUGCUGACGGAGACCGUCGCCGGCGGGCUGGCCUACUUCGUGUCCGGGAUGUCGCCAGCGACGGCGGCAGCCUUCUUCUGCUUCGCCACGGUGAAGGGGAUCGACGACCACUGCGGGCUGCUGCUGCCGUGGAACCCCUUCCACCUGGCCUUCGGGAACAACGCGGCGUACCACGAGGUGCACCACCGGCGUCACGGUGCGGGGAGCACGCAUAAUUUCGCGCAGCCGUUCUUCGUGGCGUGGGACAAGAUUAUGGGCACGUAUUUACCGUAUGCGGUCGUGAAGAGGGAGGACGGGGCUGGAUAUGAAGUCAGCGUGGAGGAAAACAAGAAGACGGAGUAGCGAUCAUGUUCACGUACAUAUUGGGUCUUGAAAUUUUUAGGUUUUUUUUCCCUUCUCUAAAUGAAAUUUUCGUCCUAAUUAAGGAUGGGAAUGCUAAGUUUACUGUAUUUUGUUUUCUUAGUCCUGACUCCUGAAUGCCUCUCAUCAUAAAUG